AUGGAUUCCAUCGCGGCGUCCUCGGCGCAGAGAGGGGCUCUCUGCUCCCUCCUCUGCCUCUGCCUCUUCUCGGCGGGCCUCCUCCUCGGCUCCCGCCCGUUCUUCCCGCCGCCACGGCUCUGGGAACACUUCUCCAGGGCGCAGCAGCAGCGGCUUGCCCGCACCGCACCACCACCUGCUCCUCAUCAUGUCGCUGCUGCAGCAGCAGCAGCUUACCAUGAUCACGACGUGGAAGCGCCGGCACCCGACGCGGGCUACGGCGAUCUUGGCCGCGAGGAGGAGGGCGAUGAGGAGAUGGCACUCGGCAGUGCGCCGGCACCCGCGCCGGCGUGGGAGGACGGCGACGGAGAGGGGAGGGAGUGCGACCUGCUCGACGGGAGCUGGGUGCACGACCCGGCUGCCUACCCGCUGUACCAGGCGGCGGAGUGCCCGUUCCUCAGCGACCAGGUGACGUGCCGGCGGAACGGCCGCCCGGACGCCGGCUACGAGCAGUGGCGGUGGCAGCCGAGGGGGUGCGGCAGCGCGAGGUUCCGCGGCGCGGAGGUGCUGGAGCAGUUGCGGAACAGGCGGCUCGUCUUCGUCGGCGACUCGCUCAACCGCAACAUGUGGGAGUCGCUCGCCUGCAUCAUCUACACGGCGCUGCCCGACCGGUCGCGGACGCGCAUCGAGGAUGUCAGCUCCGAGUACAGGAUCUUCCGCGCCAUGGAUUACAAUUGCUCGGUGGAAUUCUUUUGGAGCCCAUUCCUCGCGAAGCUUGAAACCAAGCAAGAUCAAACCAAGGCACUCAAGCUUGACCAGCUCCCAACCAUGCUUAAACAAGUGGUCGGCGCAGAUGUCAUCAUCUUCAAUACUGGCCACUGGUGGACACACACUGGCAAGCUUAGGGCGUGGGACCAUCUAGAAAGAAAUGGUGUGCAUGUCGAGAUGGAAGGAGAGGAGGCGUUCAACAGAGCACUGAGAACAUGGGCCAGAUGGGUCGAUCACAACAUAGACCCAACCAAAACCAAGGUCUUCUUCAGAAGUAUCUCACCUGAACACAAAAGUGCUAAUUGGUGCUACAAUCAGACAACUCCCAUCACAAAUAAAACAAUCAUUCCAUGGUUCCCAAAAGGCCUGAUUUCCAUCGUAGAGAGGAACAUACAAAGCAUGAAGACGCCUGCUACAUAUCUCAACAUCACCCAUCUCUCUGAGCUCCGAAUUGAUGCACAUCCGUCAGUGUACACUACCAACAGGGAUGGGAAGCCUCUAUCAACGGAGCAACGACAACAGCCAAUCACAUACGCUGAUUGCAGCCACUGGUGCCUACCAGGGCUACCUGACACAUGGAAUGUAAUUUUACUUACUUCUUUAACAAGACAUGGCUCUAAUGUACACUAGUAGGA